AUGGACGUGCCAGAAGUUGUUAAAUGUUUUGGUACUUUUCCUCCAAAAUAUGCGACUUAUUUAAUCGCUGUUUUCGGAUUAGCGUCUGGAGGUAUUGGAUUGGCGGGAAUAGUUCUAUACGGCCUCAUAGAGAAUGCUUUAUUAGUUUAUAUACUAGGACGUGAUGUUCAAAUGGACGAUACUUUAAAAAAAGCAGUGUUGAUGACUAUUGGAUUUACAUCUUUGUUACUGACAGUAGCUAGUGUACUUUUGUUCUUGGGAGCUACCGCAGGAUCUCGAGGCGCUUUAGCUUCUGGAGUAUGGAUUUUACUGGCGAUGUGUCUUAUUUUAAUAUUUGCAGCUAUUGCCGCGCCUGUAUCAUGUUUUUUUGUUAAAAAUGCGUGCAUUAUAAAGAAAGUACCUACAGCAGUUAUGGUGUUGGCAUCAAUAGCUAUAACUGUAUUUCUCGAAUUUUGGCUUUACUUUAUGGUAGUUGCUCAGAAUUAUUUAAAUCAGUUAUGAUAUGAAACAAGAAACAAUAAACAAAAAAAAAAAAAAACAAAAUUUUUGACUACAGUAGACUGCCGAAAUUCACGAUGAUUAAGAUAUUAGCAAUAUUAAAAUAAAAUAAAUGAUAUA